AUGACUUAUUUUUGGCUCUCAACACAGAUAUUAUUUUGGAUUGUUACGAUUAUCACUUCUACAAAUGUUGAACUUCGAACUCAACAAGGAAUCAUCUAUGGUCGACAAACUCUAAGUUCAAUUGAAUAUCUAGGAAUUCAAUAUGCAAAAGUAGUAAGAUGGAAACCACCAAUUGAUCUUGCAUCAGAAAUGUUUCCAAACAUCUCAUUUCAAGCUACAUCAUUUGGUCCAUGUUGUCCACAACCAAAAACUGAUACCUAUAUUCCUGAACAAGAUGAACAAUGUCUCUAUCUAAAUAUCUAUAAACCAAAAGUUCCGUUAAAUCAUUCAUUAUUACCAGUAUUCGUUUGGAUUCAUGGCGGUGCUCAUAAAAUAGGAUGCUCGUCACAAAGUAUUCCAUUGAUAUAUAAUGGUACCAAUAUGAUUGCUCAUUCACCACCAAAUCAACCGGUUAUUAUCAUCACAAUUAAUUAUCGAUUAGGUGCAUUAGCUGAUAUGUUUUUGAAAGAAUUAAUCGAAGAAGAUCCAGAAUGGCCCACAGCAGGUAAUUAUAUGUACUUAGAUAUGUUAUCUGCACUGCGUUGGAUAAAGAAAAAUAUUCGUGAUUAUGGAGGUGAUUCAAGCAAUAUUUCAUUAUUUGGUCAAAGUGCUGGAGGAUUGUCUGUUAUCGAUAUCGGUGCAUUGAAAGGAUCAGCUGGUCUUUACCGAACGGUAAUAAGUCAGUCAGGUUUAGAUUCACCUGGAACUUAUUCAUCUUAUUAUAAUAAGAGUACUGCUCUUAAUGAUUCUAAUUCUGUUGUUCAACGUUUAAAUUGUACCAAUGAAGAUAAACAAAAAGUUCUUUCAUGUAUACGUAAUUCUUCGAUUGAAGAUUUGUUUCAAGUUUAUGGUGAUCGUUACACAAGACCAAUCAUUGACAAUUAUUUCUUUCCAUUGUAUCCACCUUUGGCAAUUCAGAAUGGACAAUAUAAUAAUAUUAGUCUUGUUGUAGGUAAUAAUGAUUAUGAUCUAUCACUAUGUUUUGACUAUCCUGAUAUGAAUUAUACUCAAGCUCUAGCAUUAAUAAGUCAGUCUGUAGAACAUAAAUGGAUACCGUCAAUUGUUGAUUAUUAUCAUUUAAAUAAUUGUUCAGCUGAUCGAAGAGCUAAUAAUACUCGUUGUUGUAAUAUUCUUCUUUUAAUAGCAACAGAUAAACUUUUUGAUUGUGAUAUUCGUCGAUUAUUCAAUGCUUUUUACUUAAAAUACGGUCCACAAUAUGAACAAAAUAAAUUAUUUUCAUAUCAUUUAAAUUGUUAUCCUCAAUGUCCUAUUGUGCAAGAAGAAGGUAUAUGUAGACAUUCAGCAGAACUUCCAUUUGUAUUCGGAACUAUUAGUGAUUUUCAUUCACAGGAACUAUUUAAUUGUACUUGGGAUAAUUCAACACGUGUAUUUUCUAAUGAAAUAAUUUCACAUUGGAUUAAUGUAGCAACAAUAGGAAGACCAUUGAGUCAAUGGCCAAGUUAUGAUCCAUCUUCAUCGAAACAUUUUCAUAUCACACCUGAUCAAGGCUUCAUAGCCGAAAUAUGGAAUAAAAAUUGUUCGUUUUUUGAUGAAAUGGAAGUAGAAGGAGUUAGAGAAACAUUUGGAAAUGAUCAUUACAUUAUUAAAGAAUCACCCAAAUGA